ACCACGGAGGAAGAGGGACCUCUACUCACACGUCUCUUGGAACUCGUUUCUCGCCUCCUCCGUGCUUUAUAUAUUCUCUAGUCCUUGUUGUUUUACUUCGAUCUUGUCGUCAAGCAUCUUGAGGAAAACCGAAGAUCAUCAUCUUGGAUUUUCGGAUCUGAAGACGAAGAAGAAAACCCCUCCUCUUAUUAAAAAAAAGAGAAGUGACAUCCCAAACGAAGAAAGAUGAAACAGGCUAACAGUAACAAGAAAGUUCUAGUCGUCGGAGCUGGAUUGGUUGGAUCUCUGGAGGCGUGUUACCUUGCCAAGCGCGGAUACGACGUGCACCUGUACGAAUAUAGGGAUGACAUACGCAACAUGGAGCACGUCCCCGGCAGGAGCAUCAACCUGGCCAUGAGCAUCCGAGGGCGGACGGGACUGAAGGCGGUCGGGGUCGAGGAGAAAAUCAUCCGCGAGCACGGAAUCCCGAUGUACGCGCGCAUGAUCCACAACAGGGACGGGAGCACCAAGGCCAUUCCUUAUAACAAGGACGGGAAGUGCAUCUACUCCGUCGGACGUCGCUUCGUCAACGAGGUCUUGCUGACGCGCGCUGAGGAGUUUCCAAACGUCACCAUUCACUUCCACCACAAACUCCUCUCAGCGGAUUUGGAGAGAGGGAAGGUGACCUUUUUGGACACAAUGUCCCAAGACGAGGUGACCGUCGACGCGGACCUGACGAUUGGCUGCGACGGAGCUUACUCGAACAUGAGGAAACAGAUGAUGAAACGACCGAUGUUCAACUAUAGGCAGCAGUACAUCCCGCACGGCUACAUGGAGCUCUGCAUCCCACCUGCAUCGGAUGGGAAUUUCCAGAUGCCUGCGAACUACCUGCACAUUUGGCCGCGGGGACAGUACAUGAUGAUCGCGCUGCCGAACCAGGACAAGUCGUGGACCGUCACGCUGUUCAUGCCCUUCGAAAUCUUCAAUUCUCUCGAUACGCCGGAACUCCUGUUAGAUUUUUUCAAGACAAACUACCCCGACGCCAUAUCGCUCAUCGGGAAGGAAAAGCUCAUCCACGACUUCUUCGCUAACAAGGCGCUGCCGAUGAUCUCCGUCAAGUGUUCGCCAUACCACGUCGGCUCGACCUCCCUGCUCAUGGGAGACGCGGCCCACGCCAUGGUGCCCUUCUACGGCCAGGGCAUGAACUGCAUGCGAGACCUCGUCAACUCCAGGCUGUUCCUCCUGCGCAAGAAGUGGGACGACCUCCUGAGCCGCCUGCUGCCGAGGACGUGGGUGCCGCUCUACACGAUGGUGACUUUCUCGAGGGAACGCUACCACCUCUGCAUCGCCAAGAAGAGGUGGCAGGACGAGAUGAUCGGUAAGCUGGUGAAGGUUUCCGCCGUCGCUGGAAUCGUCCUCGGAUUCUUUGCCGCCAAGACACAGGCCGCCCACGCCUUCUCCCAUUCGCUGGUCACGCAUCUGAACAGCAUCACCGCGAAAACACUCAACGUUGCCAUGCGCUGAGUUUUGUUUUGAUGGAUCACAAGAGAAAAUUUAAUUGGAUUUUGAAUUGGUGAAUUAAAAAAAAAGAAUGAUCUGUUGAUAUGUUUAGGGUUUGUUGAAGACUUUACUGCAUAGAAGGUUUCAUGGCAAAAAUUACUUGUAUAUUGUUGUAUUUCUUACCAUGACAUUAUCGUGACAAAAUAUGACUUUUUACUGUUGAUAUUCUUGUAAGUUUACUAAGACAUUUCCCAGUCAUUAUUGCAUCUUUUCAGCAUUUUGCCAUUUUCCAUACAAAAAAAUUGCUAUGAAUGUAGUAAAGUAGAUGUAUGACUAUUUCUACUUGUAGCAUUUAUACUUUUGCAUUAAACUGAGUAAUGUA